ACUUGAUAGUUCCCUCCUUAUCGGCCUUUAAAUACUCCUUUUGUUGCCCCUUUGAAAAUUCGUGAUCACGUCCCUCUCAGCUGAUGAGUGCGGACUGCUCUUCGUUACAUGUCUAGAGUCUCUCGAAUUCUGUUGAAACGGUCGCAAAAGAAAAGGAUAUAAACCAAUUUCCUCCUCAUUUCGAUGAUCGCCAAGUCCGUCACAGGCACAGCUACAGUUCCACAACGUGAAAUUCAGUCUUGAUCUUCGAGUUCCUCAGCAACAUGUCUAGAGUCUCUCGAAAUCUGUUGAAACGGUCGCAAAAGAAAAGGAUAUAAACCAAUUUCCUCCUCAUGUCGAUGAUCGCCAAGUCCGUCACAGGCACAGCUACAGUUCCACAACGUGAAAUUCAGUCUUGAUCUUCGAGUUCCUCUGCAGUAUUCUUUCCUUGAUCUCCGCGCGCUCUUUCCUGAAAAAAGUUUCGAUUGACGAUUUUCAGUAAGAUCGUAUUGGUUCAAUCUCAAGAUUCAAAGAGAAUCGGGAGCGCAAUUGAGAAUCUUUUUCAGGUUGCAUGACAGUUAGAGCUUCGCUUUAGAUGUGAUUAGAAGCGGAUAAGGUUGAAGUUUCGAUCCCUUCCAUCUGAGAAGAGAACCGGUUUUCAUUUAAGAAGAGAAGUACUUAUCGAUCGAAGCUCUGAAAGUGUGAAUCAAUCUCAGUUGCAGCCAUGAAAUUGAAAAGAAGCGGUUGGACGACGGUUAUCAUAUGUUUUCUCUUCAUCCUCUUCUGCUCCAUUGAUGAACUCUCUCUUUCAUCGUUCUUGAAAUCAUCAUAUUCUACAACUUCAACCAGUACUCAAGAAGAGAGAAGAAGUCCUCAGAAGCAAGGAGAGCCAGAACGGAGGACAUCGCGGGCCCCACGAGAUUCGCUACCAGUAGACUUAAAAGCCAAUAUACCAGACAUCCAACCAAUCAGCUGUGACCGUUCCAACUAUCGUUACGAUCUCUGCUCUCUCAACGGCCCAACCGUCUUAGACCCAGAUAUCAAUACCCUCUUCGUAUCGGUUUUGGAUAAUAACCCGGAGACCCGACCCAUACAGCAAAACAUCCGUCCCUACCCUCGCAAAUGGGAGAAGAGCGUCAUGGCCGGAAUCGUAGAACUCACCGUCACCUCUGCUCCCGCAUCCGCCCCCGCCCCCGCCUGCGAAAUCCGCCACUCAUCCCCAGCACUUAUAUUCAGUGCCGGCGGCUACACCGGAAACUUCUUCCAUGAUUUCAACGAUGGGUUCAUCCCCCUCUUCCUCACAUCCCGCUCCAUCUCAUCUGAUCGUGACAUCGUCCUUGUCGUCUCCCAUUGCGAAGACUGGUGGCUCAAUAAGUACGCUGAGCUGCUUCGGCAAUUCAGCCGCUACCCGAUCGUCAAUCUCGAUAACACUACCGAUACCCACUGCUUCCCAUCAGCCACCGUGGGGCUUAUAUCUCAUGGUUUCAUGACUGUGGAGCCCUCAUUGUUGCCACACUCGGAAAAUUUCCUUGAUUUCCGAUCACUCAUCGGAGAUGCCUACAGGGAUAUACCAGUCAAUUUGCGCCGCCCGUCAAUAGGGCGGCCCCGUCUCAUUUUCGCGGCACGCAAUGGUGGUGUUGGCCGGGUGAUACUGAACCAAGCUGAAGUUGCAAAGGUAGCUCAGGCUGUAGGAUUUGAAGUGAUACUCUUUGAGCCCAAUCUUUACACAUCUUUGAGCCAAGCUUAUGGGUUGAUCAACGGUAGCCACGCAAUGCUUGGAGUGCACGGUGCAGCGCUUACCCACUCUCUGUUCCUCCGCCCGGGUUCGGUGUUGAUUCAGGUGGUUCCGAUAGGAAUCGAUUGGCUAGCGGAGACAUGCUUUGGGAAGUCAUCGAGGGAUAUGGGUUUGGAGUAUGUGGAGUAUAAGAUAGAGCAGGAAGAGAGUAGUUUAAUUGAUAAGUAUGGAAAGGAUCAUUUGGUGUUGAAAGACCCUAAAGCUGUGGUGAAGGAGGACUGGUUCAACAUCAAGAAAAUCUAUCUGCAGGGUCAGGAUGUUAAGCUGGAUUUGGAUAGGAUUCGAAGUUACUUAAAUAAAGCUUAUGAGAAGGCUAAAAGGUUCAUGGAGAAAGAUGAUUAUUAGAGCUGUUUGUGAAUUGUGACCUCCCUCCCUCCCUCCUUGGCAAUUGGCAUUCCUUAGCUUUGAGCAAUGAUAUACAAAUUCCAUUUUGCGGUUGAGGAUCUGAGCAAAAGAGCAGAGUCCUCAAUUUUACAUAGCUAUAUUUGUAUGUACUGUUAAUAAAAUUGUAAAAUUCUAAUCAUUUCAUUCUUUUGAUUCGAUCAAUGAAGGCCUGAAUGGCAGAUACAUGCUAGCUAUAAUGAACAAA